AUGAUGUCGGGCUUGGAAGAAAUACCUGGACCUCCUGGCCUUCCUUUCCUAGGGAAUGUUCAGGAUGUUGACCCCGUCAAUUCAAUCGCUAGUCUUGAGCGUUUGGCAGAAAUAUAUGGUCCCAUCUUUAAGCUUAAUCUCGGCGGUGUCGAAAAACUGUUCAUAUCCACGCAAGCUCUCCUCAAUGAGGUCUGCGACGAGAAGAGAUUCACAAAAAUAGUGUCUGGAGGAUUGGAGCAAGUUCGAAAUGGUGUUGGAGAUGGCCUUUUCACUGCAAGACAUGGGGAAGAGAAUUGGGAAUUAGCUCAUCGAGUGUUAAUGCCAGCAUUCGGGCCCCUCUCCAUUCGAUCUAUGUUCGACGAAAUGCAUGAUAUUGCUUCACAAUUAGUGAUGAAAUGGGCGAGAUUUGGCUCAAAAGAAAAGAUUGAUGUUACAGACGGCUUUACAAGAUUAACAUUGGACUCAAUUGCCUUAUGCGCAAUGGGGACCCGUUUUAAUAGCUUUUAUCAUGAAGAAAUGCAUCCCUUCGUCGAUGCCAUGACUGGAUUUCUUUCCGAGUCCGGUGCCAGAGCUCAACGACCUGCUAUAGCCAAUUAUUUCAUGCGUUCAGCACAGGCGAAAUAUGAUUCGGAUAUCGAAUUGCUUCAAAACGUAGCCAAGGAACUUUUGGCUGAACGAAGAGAAAAUCCAAACGAUAAGAAAGAUUUGUUGAAUGCCAUGAUCAAUGGUAGAGAUCCAAAAACUGGAAAAGGUCUCCCAGAUUCCAAUAUUUUGAACAAUAUGAUCACCUUUCUCAUUGCCGGCCAUGAAACGACAAGUGGAAUGCUCUCAUUCCUUUUCUAUAACCUUUUGAAGAGUCCUUCAGCGUACCAGACAGUUCAACGCGAAGUUGAUGAAGUCGUUGGCAAGGGACCCAUAACAAUUGAUCACAUGUCAAAGCUUCCAUACAUUGAAGCUUGUCUGCGAGAGACAUUGAGAUUGACCCCUACAGCACCCGCAUUCACAGUACACCCUUUGCCUAAUACAACUGAAUCGCCCAUAAUCAUCGGUGGGAAGUAUGAAGUCAAACCGGGACAACCAAUACUUGCUCUUAUUCCUGCCAUCCAUCGUGAUCCUACUGUUUACGGUGAUGAUGUCAACUCCUUCAAACCUGAACGAAUGUUGGACGAACCAUUCAAAAAGUUACCGCCCAACGCUUGGAAACCUUUCGGCAAUGGUAUGAGAGGGUGCAUCGGAAGGCCUUUCGCAUGGCAAGAAUCAAUUCUGAUCGUCGCUAUGCUGUUACAAAACCUCAAUUUCAGAAUGGAUGAUCCAAGCUACAACUUGCUGAUCAAACAAACAUUGACCAUCAAGCCAAAUGGAUUCUUCAUGCACGCGAGUCUCCGCCAUGGUAUUGAUCCUAUUCAUCUCGAAAAAAUGCUGCAUGUCGAUACUUCCAAGGAACGACUCUCGGAUAGUGAUCAAAAGCUCACCAAGGUUUUGAGCAAUUCUGGAAAACCAAAACAGCCAAUGUCUAUCUUUUAUGGUUCAAACUCGGGAACCUGUGAAGCCCUUGCUCGAAGUCUUGCCAGAGAAGCUAGCGGACGUGGCUAUGAAGCUCGAGUUGAUCCUCUCGAUGCUGCAGUAGACAAGAUUCCUAAAAAUCAGCCAGUAAUAUUGAUAUCUUCGAGUUAUGAAGGUCAGCCGCCUGAUAAUGCUAGUCAUUUCGUUGAGUGGCUGGAGAACCUAAAAGGCAGUGACCGCCUUAAGGACGUCAAAUAUGCUGUUUAUGGCUGCGGAAAUCAUGAUUGGAUAUCGACUUUCCACCGGAUUCCGAAAUUGCUUGACACCGAAUUUGAGAACAAUGGCGCAACAAGAAUCGGAAAUACCGGAUUGGGCGAUGUUGCUGCUGGAGAUAUAUUCGAGGCUUUUGACGAAUGGCAAGAUAGCUGUCUUUGGACCAAACUAACCAGCAGUGUAGAUCGCGGAGAAGACGUAGGCUUAGAAAUUGACAUCGAUACUAGUUCCCGGUCCUCCAGGCUUCGACAGGAUGUCCGUGAGUCAAUUGUUCUUAGCAACAAGGUUUUAACAGCACCAAGCGAACCGGAGAAACGUCACAUAUCACUCAAAAUCCCAACCGGGAUGUCAUAUCGCGCAGGCGAUUACAUGGCAGUACUUCCGAUAAACAACUCAAAGAAUAUUCGACGAGUAUUGAAGCAUUACGGACUUCCUUGGGAUGCUAUGUUAACUAUAAAAGCUGGUGCUAAUACCACAUUACCAACUGGGCACCCAAUAUCCGUGUGGGAUGUGCUUGGUGCUUAUGUUGAACUCAGUCAAGUUGCGACUCGCAAGAAUAUUGCAAAAAUAGCCGCAAGUACACCUGAAUCAGAGGUUAGAGAAAAAGUUGAGAAUUUAGGCAAGGAAGGCUUCGAAAAGGAGGUAUUACUCAAACGUCGUUCGCCACUCGAUAUACUCGAAGAAUACCCGUCCACCGCACUGUCUCUUGGAGACUUCCUGGCCAUGCUUCCACCCAUGAGAAUUCGCCAAUACUCCAUCUCCUCAUCAUCACUCGAUGACCCCACAGUCGCCACCUUGACCUGGUCUGUUCUCGACACUGUCUCAAAAGCUGGCGAAUCAAAACGCCAUCUUGGAGUGGCAUCCAAUUACCUUUCUUCUGUCGAGAAAGGAGAUCGUGUGCACGUUGCUGUCAAGCCAAGUCGUGGAUCUUUCCAUCCACCUACAGAUUUGGAGAAUACUGCAGUAAUCUAUAUUUGCGCCGGGACUGGCUUAGCUCCCUUCCGCGGUUUUGUACAAGAGCGAGCUUUACAAAUUGCUGCUGGACGAAAACUAGCCCCUGCCCAUUUGUUCAUCGGCUGUGGACAUCCGGACAAAGAUGCUCUCUUUUCUGAAGAAUUAAAGAAAUGGGAAUCGGAUGGAGCAGUAAAGCUCUAUUACGCCUUCUCGAAGGCUCCGGAAUUGAGUAAAGGGUGUCGCCAUGUGCAGGACAGACUUUGGGAAGAAAGAGAAGAGUUAAAGAAGGUUUUUGAUAGUGGUGCAAAGUUGUAUGUCUGUGGAUCGAGCAUGGUCGGAGAAGGUGUCUCGGUCAUGACCAAAAAGAUUUAUGCAGAGGCUGCUGAUCUACUUGGGAAGGCUAAGACGGAUGAGGAGGUUGAGGAUUGGUUUCAAGGCAUCAAGAAUGAUAGGUACGCUAGUGAUGUCUUUACGUGA